UGAGUUCGAAGGAAAAAUGGGCAACUUUCAUCCAACUGUUCGGCGCCAUCAUGAUUUUGAUGCCGGGCGGGAUGCCAAAAAGCUUCGUAAAGCUUGCAAAGGGAUGGGGACUGAUGAAAAGGUCAUUAUUGAGAUCCUGUCCAACCGUUCGUCAGACCAGAGGCAACAAAUGAAACAGAAGUACAAGGCCAUGUAUGGCAAGGAUCUGGAAGAAGUGCUAAAAGGAGAACUGAGUGGGAAUUUUGAAAAGACGGCACUAGCCUUGCUGGACCAGCCAUGGGAAUACGAUGCCAGAGAACUUCGGAAAGCAAUGAAAGGGUUAGGGACAGAUGAAUCGGUACUGAUUGAGGUCCUGUGCACACGGGUCAACCAGCAAAUUGUAGCCAUAAAGGAUGCCUACCGAAGGAUCUUUGACAGGGAUUUGGAAUUUGAUGUCAAAAGUGAUACAAGUGGGUCACUGAGAAAGAUACUCCUCUCUGUGUUGAAGGCUAACAGAGAUCAAGGGAUGGAGAGCGAUGAAAGCCUAGCCCAGAACGAUGCCAAGGAUCUCUGUGAAGCAGGAGAAGGCCGCUGGGGAACCGACGAGCUGGCUUUCAAUGACGUCUUGGCAAAGAGAAACUACAUGCAGCUAAGGGCUACCUUUGAAGCCUACAGGCAUCUUACUGGCAAAGACAUUGAAGAUGCUAUUAAGAGUGAAACUUCUGGAGACCUUGAGAAGGCGUAUCUAACUCUUGUAAGAUGCGCCAGGGAUUGCCAAGCCUAUUUUGCUACUCGCCUGUACGAUUCCAUGAAGGGAGCGGGGACUGAUGAGGAGACUUUAAUUCGCAUCCUGGUGACGAGGGCUGAGAUUGACCUUCAAACAAUCAAGGAGAAAUUUCAGCAAAUGUACAGCAAGUCUCUGUCCGAGGCCAUCCAAUCUGAGACUUCAGGAGAUUUCAGGAAACUGCUGCUUGCCCUGCUGCACUGAACCCCUCGCGGAAGCACGGGUGUCUAAAUGAAUGGCUUAUUUAAAUAUGUGUCAGGGUGUCAGGUUUAUGCAGGGUAUUACUUCACAUGUCCUUCUGCUGUAUAUUUUUUUAAUUGUUGCUGUUCUUAUGCAUAAGAUCGGGGUGAAGAACCUCAGGCUCAGGGGUUGAAUGUGGCCCUCCAGACCUCUCUGUCUGGCCCUCAGGAUCCUUUCAGGCCACACACUCAUCUCCCCAGGCCAUGCCCUUCACAAGCUCUGCUCCAUGCCUUCCUCAAGAGCUUCUGCCUACGAGAAUGUCCCUUAAACUGUCAUAUUGCUUUUUACUUGUCUGGAUGGGGGAACUGAAUGAUACUGGGGUGGAGGAGAAACUUCUGACUUGUGUAUGGCUGGAAUGCAGCCUACUGUAUAAGGUUAAAGGUCACACCUGUUACUCCACCCACUAUUCCCUCUCUGGCCCUGCCCACUUUUUAUUUCUCAUCCCGUCCACCACUGGCUAGGAAUGGAAGAAAAAUUCAAUUCAGUUUCCCUAAGUAGAGGGGUUGAUUGUUAAACCACUCUGGGAAUGAGAGCGCUGUGAGGGGAAUAGGGGGUCUCCUACCAACUUUCAGCACCCUCAACAAACUACAGUUCCCAGGAUACUUUGGGGGAAGCCAUGACUGUUUAAAGUGGUAUGAUACUGCUUUAAAUGUAUAGUGCGGAUGGGCCCUUGGAAUAGUCUCAGGUGGCUGGUACUGGGUGUCAUUAAAUGGCAGCACAUUUUAGCUAUUGAAUUUAUUAUUAUUGUAUUUUUAUUCCCAGGGGGAGGCUGUUGUGGAGUUUUCUGCCUCAGCUCCAAAAUAACUUUAUUGGGUGUUAUAUACUUCUGCAUGGAGGAAGAGCACCAACCAUUUGCUCGUCUAUUUCAGGCACCACAAUGUCUUGGGCUGAUCAUUCUUACCACACUCAACAGUUCUUGUAACAGGAGGCAAGCCUUCCUGCACAGGCAGGGAGAGGAGCCAGAGUAGACUCAGGUUCCCCUCUGAACCCAGCCAAGAAGCUCACUUGGUUUGGCCAGGAACCAGCGCCCUGUCCUUGGGUUGGCUCUCAUCUCUGGGAGCCCAGGGGACAGGGCAUUUGAGUUCAAGUUAGGGAUGGACGAAUCUGUUCCCUCCAUUUCUCAUUUUUCCAAUCUUAAAUUCAGUUUUCCACAUCUCUGCAGCAAGUUUUUGUUAAUCCUCAUGAAAAUUUGUCAGUAUUUUAAAGCAAAUUUCUCCUAAUAAAUACAUUUUUGUAUGUAGUU